AUAACCCGAGCUACACCUGUGCUUGAAGUUCUGGGAGGAAGGACAGGACGAAAUACCUUUUGUAAUAAUUCCUAAAUUUCUUGAAACUGCAUCUGUGUUCAAUUCCUAUAUAUACAAAAUCAACCGUAACUUGUGCUUCCCCGAGAUAAGAGAAAAAAAGGAGAGAUGGUGUUGAAAUAAUAGAAAGACAAGAGAGAGAGAGAAAGAAAGAUAAUAACAACGAGACGUUUAAAAAGCCACACAUCAUAACACAACCGAAAGAUCGAGACGGCAGACGAUGCAGAUCUUCCGCGUGGUUGCGUGGGUGUUGUUUCUCGCUGCCCCCACGCUCUCGGCCGAGGGCACCAUGAGCGGCUGCAUGAAGGGCGGCGAGUGCGCGCAGUGCCCGUCGGACCGGUACACGAAGGACCCCAACGGCACCCUGCUCUGCUGUCAUGGCUGCGAGACGGCGGACCUGUACUACGGCGCCUUCCCCCACAGCUGGUGCGUCUGCUUCACGAAGGGCGCUAAUGAAGCGUCUUCGAGAACGCUGGUGUUUCCGGACCAAGUCGGCGCCGGUUCUGACUUCAAGUUCAGGGAUGAGACGUAUGUGGUGAAUUCUGCAGACCCGCGUCCCUCGGCUGUGGCUCCGGUGGUCGAGGAAGCCCUGAGUCUGCUCGCCGACACCUUGGAAGACCUGAACGCCCGAGUCACGCGCCUUGAGUACAUAUUUGACAAGGUUUCAGAUUCACAAACAAGCGAGACCGUGAACCGAGUCGGAUCAGCGACCUCGCAUCGUCCGUCCUCGUCGUCCUCCUCCUCCUCCUCUUCAUCUUCCUCUUCUUGCGGUUCAGAUAAAUUUAUCCGCGUGGGAGAUAAGUGUUACUUCUUUUCCGCGUGGAAUGAACACAGAGCUACGUGGAAGAUUGCCAACACGUCCUGCGAGCAGCUGGGCGCCAAGCUGGCAGAGCCGACCACGCCGCGGCAGUUCACUGCUCUCUCUCAGUAUCUCUCAUUGUCCUCAAAAACCACAGGCUACGCCCACUGGAUCGGCGGGCUGUACCUGGACCCGUCGUGGCGCUGGAUCUUCAAGGGGUACGAGAUCGACCUUGACCCCCUGUCCUGGAUCAGCAUGGACGACCGCAACAGGAGGGUUUCCCCGGGGGACAUUUCGAACGGUCGGUGCCUCAGCUUCUCGUUCAUUCACCGAGCCUCGAGCUACGCAUUCGGAGGGGGUGAAUGCGCGUUCGAAAAGUACUACGUGUGCGAGGCUAUUGAACGGACCCACAGGAUGCUUUAGGGACGCAGGUGUUGGUCGCGGCUUCGUCGGGCAUUCCCGAGGCAGGAAUUUAUGUUGUCACUCUAGGUUAAGGUGUGGUGCGAGAGAUGUUUGUUUUUUGUACUUUGUUAGAAUAUAUUGUGUCUGG